AAAAUAUUAAAACUUAAGCAUUUGCUUAAAGCAACAUGAUAAUUAUAAUAUUUUUAGCUCGCCGAAAUUUUCAGGAGCGCUACAACACACGCACAUAAUACGUUUCAAUAUGUAUUCAUAUAGACGGUUUGGUUCGAUUUUUUCAAUCUAUUUUUUGUCGGUUAAGAAAAAAAUGAAAUCAAUUUCUUUAUAGUUUUAACUUUAAAAGAUAAAAUCAAAUCAGAUAAACAAAUAUCAAUUUUUUUUUCUAGUUCAAUUCAAGUUUUGAUUUGAUUUUUUCUUUUUAUGCCGAGAUAAUAUCUCUUACAAUUUGAACCAAACGACCCCUACAUUGUACUACACAAAUUUGAAAGGGGAAGGAUGUCAAAUAUGAAAAGGGAGGAAGGAAUUCGAUCCCAGCACACCAAGUUCCGCGGAAUAUUUUCGAUCAGUUGAUCUCUCUUAGGUUUAGUUUUGAUUCAGCGAAGAAACAAGCAAGUGAAGUUGUCAGCAAUUGCAUUCAUGCGGUGGUGGUGGGGAACAAUAGUGAUAGUGCUAUUACCGUCAUGCUGCAGCGGACAUAGUGCUGCUAUAGUCUCCCGGAUUGCUUUUGGAUCGUGCGCCAAUCAAAGCGCUCCCCAGCCUAUAUGGGAUGCAAUAAUCCGUUUUGAUCCUCAAGUGUUCAUCUGGAUGGGCGACACCAUCUACGGAGAUAUAAGACGUCCUUUCAAGCUUUUUGGAAAGGAGAGGACUAUUGGCCCCUGGAAGAAUGUCCCCAGGUUUUACCCUUCUUCUGAGCACGAAAUGAAGUCCCGAUAUCAUCAAGCUAAGACCAUUCCUGGAUAUUCUACUCUCACCCGCAAAACUAAGGUUAUUGGCACCUGGGAUGACCAUGAUUAUGGAUUAAACGACGCAGGAAAAGAAUUUGAGAGCAAGAUCACUAACCAAAGGCUUUUACUUGAUUUUCUGGAUGAACCGCUAGAAAGUACUCGGCGCAAACAAGCUGGUGUUUAUGCAUCAUACAUAUUUGGUCCUGUGGGUAAACAUGUUAAGGUCAUUCUUUUGGAUACAAGAUAUUACAGAGAUCCUGUCUCUAGUGAUGGCAGUAUCUUAGGAGAUGCACAAUGGAUGUGGUUGGAGAGGGAGUUGAAAGGUUCUCCUACGACUAUUACUAUUAUUGUAUCAUCUAUUCAGGUCAUAUCAAAUCAUUCAGCUACAACUGGCCCUCUAUUUUAUACAGAGUCAUGGGGACGAUUUCCAAGGGAAAAAAGUCGUCUUUUCAAGUUGAUAUCUGAUAGUAAGAGAGAAGGGGUUUUCUUCAUAAGCGGAGAUGUUCACUUUGGAGAAAUUGCAAGAUAUAAUUGUGCUGCUGGUUACCCCUUGUAUGACAUAACAUCAAGUGGCCUUACCCAAGCAGUGGAGAAAGCAGUCUCUCCACCGCUGCAUUUCGUUGUGAGAUUUUUGGCAUUGUUAACUCCAGCUAUAAUGCGAGUAAAGGACAAAAGCUGCAGAUAUCGUUCGUGCACUUAUGGUCAACCAAACUUUGGGACCAUUGAGAUCAAUUGGGAUUCAGAUCCAGUAGGUUUGAAGUUUGACAUCAGAGAUGAAAAGGGAUUGCCAGUGAUUGCAUUGAAAAUCUCAUUAACAGAACUCCAAGGCCAAAAGGUUGACUCCGAAAUGACCAUUGGCUUAGAAAAAUUUCAAAAGUAUUGCUCUGUUGAAGUUGACUCACCAUGGUUUGUCAGAUAUCGGUUGGCAAUAUUUUUCUUUUCCACUUUAGCUGUGCUGCUUCUUGCAACCAUAGGACUCCUCUGUGCAGUCAGGUCAUGUUGCAAGAGAUGCCAUUGCAAAUACAAGCAUGAUUGAAGAUUUUGAGUACUUUGUAGCCUUGAGAUUAAAUGCUGGUUAUUGAGUGAUACAUGAUCAGCAAGAGCAUCUAUUUUUAUGGACAAAAGGUGAAAUAAAUCGGUUAUGUUGCAAGGGUGAAAAGUUAGAAGCACUUUGGAUUCUCAUGUGAUUGCUCGUAAAGUGAAGAUUAUACGGAUACAAGGCUAAAAGGUGGAAAGAGAAGAAAAACCAGGUGAAUCUGGAGGGCAAGUCAACUAGAAGAAAAUAUGAUUAUGCCUUAAUUCCAAGGUAGUUGUGGUCAGAUGUAUGAAUCUUCAAUAUCAUAAAUAUUCUAUCUAGAUCCAUAAUAUUCCAAUACUCGGUUCUGAAGAAUUAUCUUUAACACUAGGGCUUCACUAGUAUACUCCAGUGGUUAUAUAUCCGAGUCUUAUACUAAGCACUGGUUCUUGGUAUCACUUGUACUUCAAUUACCAUUGUUUUUUAUCUUUUACUUCACCUGAAUUUCAGAACAUUGGAGUAUAUCUUUUGAGAUGACUUCAGUAAUGUUAUUUUCAAUUUCCCUAGUCUUC